AUGGCUUUAUUCGACGUAGAAGGCUGGGAUAUAAAGACGAAGAAUAUCGCUUUCGAUAACAAGACUAAAAAGUCGAAGGAGAGAAAAAAGAACAAGAAUAGAAAAACUGACAAACUUACGAGAGAACAAAAGCUAAAAGAGGAGACAGAGGCUGAAUUGAAGGAGCAAGUGGAAGAUAUUUCUCCUGAAGAACUAGUGGCAGAUAAAACCCCAAAAAAGGUUGAAAAGAGUGGAAGAGAGGAAACGAACAAUAAGAAACGUAAGCACGAUGAAAGCAGUGCACCCGAACAAAGAAAAGCAAAAGUUGAACAACCUACAAGGAAGCAGUUAACUCCUUUACAACAGAAAAUGAUGGCUAAAUUGACAGGCUCUAGAUUCAGAUGGAUCAAUGAGCAACUGUACACAAUUUCUUCGGAGGAGGCGUUAAAAUUAGUAAAGGAACAACCGCAAUUAUUUGAUGAAUAUCAUGAUGGUUUUAGAUCACAAGUUCAAACAUGGCCAGAAAAUCCUGUUGACGUUUUUGUCGAUCAAAUUCGUUUUAGGUGCAUGAAGCCUGUCAAUGCUCCAGGUGGGUUGCCAGGUCUAAAGGAUAGUAAGGAAAUAGUUGUUGCUGAUAUGGGAUGCGGUGAAGCACAACUAGCAUUAGAGAUUAACAAUUUCUUCAAAAGUUAUAAUAAAAAAGCCAAAAAGUACCUUAAAAGGCGCCAUAAAGUUCAUAGUUUUGAUUUGAAGAAAGCUAACGAAAGAAUAACUGUGGCCGAUAUCAGGAAUGUGCCACUGCCGGACGAAUCAUGCACUAUAGUGGUCUUCUGCUUAGCUCUAAUGGGCACUAAUUUUCUUGAUUUCAUUAAAGAAGCAUAUAGGAUCUUAGCUCCUAGAGGUGAGUUAUGGAUCGCAGAGAUUAAAUCAAGAUUUGGUGACGGCAGAGGAAAUGAAUUUGUUGACGCUUUGAAAUUAAUGGGAUUUUUCCAUAAAAGAACCUUUGAUGAAAAUAAGAUGUUCACAAGAUUCGAAUUUUUUAAACCACCUGGAGAAAUAAUUGAGGAAAGAAGACAAAAACUGGAGAGAAGACAAAAAUUCGUUGAAGUUGAGACAGAAAAGGAAGAAUUAGAAAAGAAAAGAAAGAAAAUCGCUGAAGGUAAAUGGCUCUUAAAGCCUUGUAUCUAUAAGAGAAGAUAG